AAUGAUGAGUCUUACUAGGAGGCGGAAGGUGGCUACUUCGUGAGAGUAACAUAAGAUCCCCGAAGACUUAAAUUUCUGGAGGUCUUCAACUUACAAAAAGAAAGGGACAAUAGAAAAAAAACUAUUGCAACUAUUUUACUUGUUCACCUGAUAUCUUAGAUUGCAAUUGAAUAGACAGGUCAGAGUAUUAGCAGGAAUAGCCAAAGGCUAAGGUCUAAAUUCAGCAGUGGGGCAGUAUGCACUCUCUCUUCUGGUAGAUCUCCAUCUGCUUUUAAUGCUUGGGAUUACUUUAAUGGUGGACAAAGCCUUUAAUUCUGUUAUAAUUUCAGUAGCCUCUAGAGAGUUGACAUCUAUUGUAAAAUCAAAUAUCACACAAAUGACUGAUAUGUAUUAUUUUCCUUAUUAAAUAUGGAAGAAAAGGGAGGCUGAUGCAGAAAUGGUAGGCUCAAAGCUCCAGAGGAAAGCUUAACAGAGUUUAUGAUUUUGCAGAAGGCCAGGGAAAUGCAAAGCGAGAACAGAACAGUGAUAACAGAAUUCAUCCUUCUUGGUCUGACCCAGUCUCGAGAUACUCAGCUCUUGGUCUUUGUGCUGAUCUUAAUUUUCUACUUUAUCAUCCUCCCUGGUAAUUUCCUCAUCAUUUUCACCGUAAGGUCAGACCCUGGGCUCACAGCCCCACUCUACUUCUUUCUGGGCAACUUGGCCUUCCUGGAUGCUUCCUACUCCUUCAUUGUGGCUCCCAGGAUGCUGGUGGACUUCCUCUCUGAGAAGAAGGUCAUCUCCUACAGAGGCUGCAUCACUCAGCUCUUUUUCUUGCACUUCCUUGGAGGAGGGGAGGGAUUACUCCUUGUUGUGAUGGCCUUUGACCGCUAUAUCGCCAUCUGCCGGCCUUUACACUAUUCAACUGUUAUGAACCCUAGAGCCUGUUAUGCAAUGUUGUUGGCUCUGUGGCUUGGGGGUUUUGUCCACUCCAUUAUCCAGGUGGUCCUCAUCCUCCGCUUGCCUUUUUGUGGCCCAAACCAGCUGGACAACUUCUUCUGUGAUGUUCCACAGGUCAUCAAGCUGGCCUGCACCGACACAUUUGUGGUGGAGCUUCUGAUGGUCUUCAACAGCGGCCUGAUGACACUCCUGUGCUUCCUGGGGCUUCUGGCCUCCUACGCAGUCAUUCUUUGUCGUAUACGAGGGUCUUCUUCUGAGGGGAAAAACAAGGCCGUGUCCACGUGCACCACCCAUAUCAUUGUGAUGUUCCUCAUGUUUGGACCUGGCAUCUUCAUCUACACGCGCCCCUUCAGGGCUUUCCCAGCUGACAAGGUGGUUUCUCUCUUCCACACUGUGAUCUUUCCUUUGUUGAAUCCUGUCAUUUAUACCCUUCGCAACCAGGAAGUGAAAACUUCCAUGAAAAAACUGUUUAAUAAGCACAUAGCUUGAAAAAAGGGCAAAAUAAAAGAAUAAAAAAGACUGUAGAAUUUUAUCUGAAAUUGAUUUGUUUAUUGAAAUUGAUUUGUUUAUUUCCAAGUACUGCAAUCAUUGAAUGCGUCCCAUUUGUCAGGACUAUUCUAGGAACAGAAGAAAGAAAUAUGUAUGAGAGAUAAGUUCUAUCUGCUAUCCAAGAGAUACAACCUAGUAAAAGAACAUUGAAAAGACAGAUAAAGUUUGUCUGCUCUCCAAGAGAUACAACCUAGUAAAAAUAGCCGUUAAAGUAGAAAAUAAACAGCAUAGUUUCAGGAGGAGAUACUGCUCUGUAAAAACGAAAAAGAAAAGUGAAAUGAUAGAUUGUGACUCUGAAUUGGGAGUAACCAAUUUGCAUUUAAUCAUCAAAAAAGGCCCUCUUGAGGAGCUGACGUUUUGGAUCAUAUCUGGAUAAACUAAACAUGCAAACAUUUGAGUCUAUAGUAUUCUAGACAGAGGGCACAGGUAGUGCAAAAACUCAAAGAUGAUAAUGAACUUGGUAUAUUUGAGGGAUGCAAUAAAGUUCAAGUUACCUGGAAUAUAGUAAUUUAAUGUGAAAAUGAUUAGACUUAAAGUUGGAGAUACUGGUCGUGUCUAAAACAUAUGGUCUACAUAGUAAUUAUGAGUUUUAAUUUUAUUACAGUUGAAAUAAGAAAUCAUUCUGUUACUUUAAGCAAAAGAAUGAUUCCUCUACUGAAGGUUCAUAAAUGACUCAGGGCUACAAACUCAAGAUUCUGUGCAGAUAUCAAAGCGUUGAAAAAUAUCACUGAGAGGAAAUAUUAUACUUGUAAGUAUACUUUGAAAGGUAUUAAACUACCAGUUUUUCUUCCAUAAAUAAGCAAAGAGUGGCAAAAGAAAGCUGGUUACUUUUAUUGAAAAAGAUCACAAAAUCAUUUUGUUUUUUUCUAGAGUGUCAUUAUUAAUCCUAGCAAAUUUAUAUGACUUUUAGCUGUAUGCUUGAUCUUAUUGCCAGUUGAUUUCACUGUAAGUACAAUAAUGACUGUCCUUUGGUAGACCAGUUAGGAUUCUGUGUCAGAGAAGAAAUCAUUCUAGUUAUAUAUAUAUAUUUUUACAUAUUCUGGGUACAAUAUAUUCACUUGAUCUUAGUCAGAAGGCUGAGAAGCAAUUAUAUAUAUAAUCCAAUAUACAGUAUAUUCAGAUGAAUACAAUAUAUCCAGAUGUAUGUCUUGCACACAUUUUCUACCAGCUGAAUAGCUUGAGUUUCAUUUUCUUAGUGGUGGGAUGUUGAAUGAACAAGUUUUAAAUUUUGGUAAGUCCACUUUGUUCAUUUCCUUUAAACAAACAUCAUUUAAUAUAGGGAAUUAAGUGUUCACAAAAUAGCCGGAAAAUCUAAAAGAGCAGACUACAAGCUGGACGUUGACAGAUGCUUCACAGACUAACACAGAAGACCUAUGUUGUCAGGGAGGUUGCUCUUGCUACAGUCUUAGCCAUCUGUUGUCUGAAAAACACUGUCAUGUGCCUGGUAUGUAGUUGAUGAUCCAUAAUCACCGUGGACCUGUCAAAUCGCCCCUAGUGCAAUAGAAGCCUCUCUUACUACCUUUCUGCCUAACUAGCUUACUACAAAUUCAAAUCUCUUAUGAGUACAUUAAAUGGGAAGCAUCCAAAACAUCUGGAACCCCAAAUGCAAGGGGGUCUAAAAGUGAUUUUUAAAAUAUUUUAUUUUUGAUAAUAACCAAAGUUUAUAUUCAUGAAUGUAAAUUAUGUACAUGGUAAAAAUAUUCAGGCUAUAGAAAAAGUGGUCUGAAUCUUCAAAUAAUCCUUUUCCAUUCUUAUUCUGUUUAUUAUGUUGCUUUCUGUUUUACUGAGAAAGGUAGCAGGUGAGAAUUCCUCAAUUUCCUGUCACUACCAUUACCUAUAGACCUGCAUCUGUGACUAAGUUGCCUUUAACUUCCCCUGAGACUGGGUGACCUGAUCCUGCAUCUACAGAAGCAAACCCUUCUUCCUGUGUACCACAUUCCACCCACUCCUCUCUGCUAAAGGCAAUUACUCUGGCAACUAACUCUUCUUUCUCUCAUCUAUAACAUGAACUCUGUCCUCCCUGUUGAGUGUAACCUUUAGCAGGUAAUCACAUUUCUUCCCUCCUAAAUAAAACCUUCUUGCCACCUU